AUGAUUAUUAAGAUAAUAAUUAAGAGAUUCAGCCUAUGCAUAAAUUAUCAAACAGUAAGCGCUAAUUGGAUACUCUUAUCCAUCAAAUCUACUUUUACCAAUUCUCCAAAAGAAAACUUUUAAUAAAUGAAAUAAAAGGAGGAUGACUAUUUACAUUAAAAUACUUGUAAAUAUAGAAAAUAAUUAAAAUAAUAAUCUCAAAUAUGUUUGAAUAUACCAUUUGAUUAGUAUGAGGAUUACAUUAACAAAUUUCCGAACUAUAAUAAAAAAUAGAGUCAUAUGGCAAAAGCAUAAUGCAUAAAUCAAAUUGAAAGAUUAAGAAAGGUUCCCAUGAUUGAAGUUGUGUCAAGCAUUCUUUGCGAAUAAAAGGGAGUCAAUAAUUUAGAAAAUUAAUAAAUUUUUAAUUUAAUAUCAAAAAGUAAACAUAAUUUGUAUAAGAAUAUUUUGUCAGCUUUUAAAAGACAUAUUACUGAGUGCUCAGAUACUUUCUUGAUGAGUUUUUAUGAAAAUUUGAGUGAAGAUAAGUGGACUUUUGAACACAUUAAGCAUAGAGUUUCUACAAAUUUAGCAUUAUUAGGAAGAUUCAAUCUCAAGAUUAAAAAUUUGAGUAAAAACAGAAAUCUGAAAAAAAUAUUUAAUUACUUUUUGAAGAACUCUGAAAAAAUAUGGCUUUAAGAUUCUAAAAUUAAAGAUAAAGACUAUUACAUAUAAUAAAUAAAUUUGAUGGUUAUAGCAUAAGAAAAGCAAAUCCUUCAAAAUUUUACAAAUUGCUAUAAAAAGUAGAGGAAAAAUAGUAUGAAGAAAUGA